AUGUUAAAAUCUACAUCAAGGCAAUUUCAGGAUGUAAACGUAAAAAACCCAGAAACGUAUUACAACUACGAACAGUAUAAAAUUAAAACGGGAGAAAUAGAAGAUUAUCGCAUAGCUUUUAGAUUAGGACGAGGUAAAUAUUCUGAAGUAUUUGAAGGUAGAAAAGGAACAGAAAGGGUUGUCAUUAAAUUAUUAAAACCUGUAAGAGAAUCAAAAAUUAACAGAGAAAUCUUAAUUUUAAAAAAUCUAAAUCAUGAAAACAUAAUAAAACUACAAGAUGUUGUUAUGGACAAAGAUUCUGGAACUUACUCUUUGAUUUUUAAUUAUAUAAAACACGAUGAUACAAUAAAACUUUUUGAAACCUUUGAUAUCAACGAUAUACGGUUUUAUGCCAAACAGAUUUUAGAAGCUUUGAAAUACGCACACUCCAAAGGAAUAAUGCAUAGGGAUAUUAAACCUCAUAACAUAAUUAUAAAUCAGAAGAACAAAAAAUUAUUGUUAAUAGAUUGGGGACUUGCAGAAUUUUAUCAUCCUAACAAAGACUAUAGUGUACGUGUUGCUUCACGGUAUUAUAAAAGUCCAGAAUUACUUCUAAACUAUCCUUAUUAUAAUUAUUCACUUGAUAUUUGGUCAUUUGGAUGUGUUUUGGCUGAGAUGAUGUUUAAAAAAAGACCACUUUUUAAAGGAGAAAACAAUGCGGAUCAAUUAAUGCGAAUUUGUAACAGUCUUGGAAAAAAUGACUUUAAUAUUUAUUGUAAAAAAUAUGACAUAGAACUUGUUUGUUUAAAAGACACGCCAAAAGAGAGAUGCGAUUUUGAAGAGUCUCUUCUUGUAAAAAGUAAGGAUUAUAAACUAGCAGUUAAUUUACUGAAUAAGAUUCUUGUAUAUGAUCAUAUUGAGAGGUAUACUGCUGAUGAGUGUCUACAACAUUCUUUUUUUAAUAAAAUUGAUUAA